AUGGGGAGAUCACUUCCAAGCCAAUGGUGCUAUUCCUGGGACCGUGGAGCGUCGGCAAAUCCUCCAUGAUAAACUACCUCCUGGGGCUGGAUGACACUCCCUACCAGCUCUACACAGGGGCAGAACCCACCACCUCUGAGUUCACUGUCAUCAUGCACGGCCCCAAGCUGAGGACCGUCGAGGGCAUCGUGAUGGCUGCUGACAGUGCCCGUUCAUUCUCGCCCCUGGAGAAGUUCGGGCAGAACUUCUUGGAGAAGCUGAUAGGGAUCGAAGUGCCCCACAAACUGCUGGAGCGAGUCACCUUCGUGGACACACCGGGCAUCAUUGAGAACCGCAAGCAGCAGGAACGAGGUUACCCAUUCAACGACGUGUGCCAGUGGUUCAUUGAUAGAGCUGAUCUCAUCUUCGUUGUCUUUGACCCUACAAAGCUGGAUGUGGGCUUGGAGCUGGAGAUGCUGUUCCGCCAGCUGAAGGGACGCGAGUCUCAGAUCCGAAUCAUCUUGAACAAAGCUGACAGCCUGGCUACCCAGGAGCUCAUGAGAGUCUACGGUGCCUUAUUCUGGAGCCUGGCUCCACUCAUCAACGUCACGGAGCCGCCCAGGGUGUACGUUAGCUCCUUCUGGCCCCAGGAGUACCAUCCGGAUACCCACAAAGACCUGUUCCUCAAAGAAGAGAUCUCACUCCUGGAAGAUCUCAACCAGGUGAUUGAGAACAGGAUGGAAAAUAAGAUCGCCUUCAUACGCCAGCACGCCAUCCGGGUGCGCAUCCACGCCCUUUUGGUCGAUCGCUACCUGCAGACCUACAAGGACAAAAUGACCUUCUUUAGCGAUGGAGAACUGGUGUUCAGGGACAUUGUGGAAGAUCCUGACAAGUUCUUUAUCUUUAAGUCCAUUCUGGCAAAGACCAAUGUCAGCAAAUUUGACCUCCCCAACCGCGAGGCUUACAAGGACUUCUUUGGCAUCAACCCCAUCACCAGUUUUAAGCUGCUGUCUCAGCAGUGUUCCUACAUGGGAGGGUGUUUCCUAGACAAGAUCGAGAAGGCCAUCACUCGUGAGCUUCCCGAUCUCUUGGGAAGCAUUGGCUUGGGGAAGAAGCCCAACGUUCUCUCCUGCGACAUCACUGGCUGUGGCGAAACCCCAAAGAAUCGCUACAGGAAACCCUAAGGUGUUCCAUAAUAUAACCGUCCACGUGUUCCUACCAGUGAAUGAGCUUAUGUCUUAUCUGUCCAAGAAGCCGUGGUUUGUUAACCCUUUGAGUGCCACACUGGCAAAGGCUACUGUACGAUGAGGACUUUGAGUCAUUGACAUCGAUGGCAGGGGAAGAUGGGUGGGCAUAAGAAAGAGAAUAAAAACUGUGAAU